CUCAUACGUCACUUCCCGCUGAGCCCUGCGUGCGAGUUUCGAGCAAAGAUGGCGGCCGCGCAGCUAACCGACGAGGAGCUUUUCUCAGAGUUAAAGCGCCUCGGUUUCAUCCCAGGUCCGGUGACCGAGAACACUCGGCCCGUGUACCUGAAGAAGCUUAAGAAACUCCGUGAGGACCAGCAGCAGCGAGGAAGCAGGGCGAGCAAAGGGCGAAACAGCGGCACCACCACCACCACCAACAACAACAGCAGCAGCGGCGGCGGCAGCGCGGCGGGAGCUUCGGGAUCCGGAGCCAGGCCGCCCGGCGGUGACGUCACGCACCUGGACGCCAACAAGAGCCCUGGCGGACGCCCGGCCCUGGGCGAAAAGCGCCACGGCGCGCCCGGUAAGGUCGUCCUGGGCUUCAGCUCCGACGAAUCGGAUGUCGAGAUUAGCCAGAAGAAAAGAGGCCUGUACGGCAGCAGGAGGGAACGAGCGUCCGUGCUCCAGCAUCAGCAGCCGGGGCCUAACGUAACACCGGCUGCUCGCAGGAGUAAAGGGCUCGGCGCGGGCAGCAGCUCCCCUCUCGGGCUGCUGGAGGAAAGGCGGAACAUCAUGGGGUCCCCUUGGUGGGGAGACCGGGCGAAACUGCACCCGCCCGGCGCGGAAGGAAGGGGUUACGCGGAGUCCGGCAACAGCGAUUACCGGAACGAUGUGGACAGAGAGAGUCGGACCGUGAACGGCAGCAGAUCGCCGUUCACACCGAGCAGCGGCAAGUUUGCGGGGGGCUACUCCGAUUCCGAGGAAGAGGACGACGAGGAGGAAGAGGAGGAGGACGCCUCCGAGGUCGGGAGGUACCGCGAUCGCCGACUGAGCUCCAGGCGGAGUCACUCGAAAUCGCCGCUGCCGCCGCCUUUCCAUGAGGGAGCCAGAGGGGCGGAGAGCGACCGGGAGAAGGCGAGAGGCGGCGUAAUUAGAGCAGAUGACAAGCCCGGCACGGCUGGUCUAGACAUAGGGGGAGACCGGGGGGAGGAGGAAGACGAGGCUAGGAAACGGGGCCAAGGGAGCAAGCUGGGGAGCGGAUUCUUGAGGAACCGUAGCUUCCCGCUGCAUGCGGAUCUGGUCUCCGGCAUCAUGGGGGAGUUCGGCGGCAGCAGCAGCGGUCCCACCUCCUACAACAACAACCACGUCAACUGCGGGUCGGACGACGGCGUCGGGGGCUUCGGUGCCGGGCUGCGAUCGCGGUACUCGGCGUACAGCAGCCUGCCAGCCACCUACCGACUCAACCACUCCAACCACGCAGCCCCGAACCACUCUUACGGCCAGACGAGCCGUAAGCCCAAGCUCCCGGUCCCGGAGGACGAGCUCCUGCAGCAGUUCAGGAGGGAGGAGGUGUCAGCCAGCGGCGGCUUCAGCGCGCAUUACCUGUCUAUGAUCCUGCUCACGGCCGCCUGCCUGUUCUUCGUGCUGCUGGGCCUCAUGUACUUGAGGAUGCGGGGCUCUGGUGAAGCCGUUGUCGACGUUGUCACAAAGAACCAUCCAUUUGGGAAUGAGUUUGACAAUUCUUAUGCUGACGAGCAGAAAGAUGUCAUUCUCAAAUUACUCCUUCAUCUGCACGACCAUCUGGCCAAGAUUGCUGGGGAGCACGACUGCGGAGACCACGUGCAGCAUUCGAAUAGGAACAUCUCCUACACCGAGGCCUUCGAAUAUUUAAUGCUGCACAGUCCCGAAUAUGAGGACUUCUGGGACACAGCUAUGGAGUGGCUGAUCAGAUCAGGAGAGGAUGUGGGAAUUCGGCUGAUCGGGAGCCACCCUGAGGAGUCUGUAACCAACGUUUCCCAGAUCCUGUGUCUGGAGUCCACCCACCCCCGGAUGUCCUUCAUCUGCCGCUUCCGCCGGGCCUUCUUCACCGUCAUCUACCGGCUGCUCCUCUUCGUCGCGGGUGUGGGUGUCAUGUGUGGCGUCCUCUAUUAUAUGAAAUACCGCUGGAGGAAAGAGGAGGAGGACACCAGGCAGAUGUACGACAUGGUGGAGAGGAUCAUAGACGUGCUGAGGAGCCACAGUGAGGCAUGUCUGGAGAACAAGGACCUGCAGCCGUACCUGCCCAUCCCCCACGUGCGCGAUUCCCUGAUCCAGCCUCAGGACAGGAAAAAAAUGAAAAAAGUCUGGGAGCGGGCGGUGAAAUUCCUGUCCACAAACGAAUCCCGCAUCCGAACGGAGACGCAGAGGAUCAAAGGCGAGGACUUCCUGGUCUGGAGGUGGACCCAGCCUUCGCUGAGCUGCGACAAGAUGUCUGCCAUACCUCCCAAAGUGUGGCAGGGCAAAGCGUUUCCUCUCGACCGGAGAAACUCGCCGCCAAACAGCUUAACGCCAUGUCUGAAGAUCCGAAACAUGUUUGACCCAGUGAUGGAGGUGGGUGAGAACUGGCACCUGGCCAUCCAGGAAGCCAUUUUGGAGAAGUGCAGCGACAACGACGGCAUCGUCCACAUCGCCGUCGACAAGAACUCUCGUGAGGGCUGCGUCUAUGUGAAGUGUCUGUCCGCCGAGCAUUCUGGGAAAGCCUUCAAAGCGCUGCAUGGCUCCUGGUUUGACGGCAAGCUGGUGACAGUGAAGUACCUGCGACUGGACCGGUACCACCAGCGCUUCCCACAGGCCCUGGCCUGCAACACGCCGCUCAAGCCGUCCAGCAAGCUCAUGAGCACCCUGUCGCACCUGCGACUCCGCUCCAGUCCGGCCGGCUCACCGGGCUUCUCCUGAGAUGGGGG